UCUCUUCUCUUCGCCAGACGUUAAUGGCAGAUAGAGGAGCUUUGCAGCUUCUUCGUCCAUUGUCACCGCGAAUGUCUAUUUUCCUUAGUUUCUCAAACCUCCACUCAUGUCGAUUCCAAAACCCUGUAUUAUACCCCUCCGAUUCUUAUCUUUUCUACUUCUCUUCAUCACGACGCUCUACAGUAGAUUUGGUGAAGGUAGUUCCUUUAGAUCGCCGGAGGAGAUUCCGCUAUAAAAUAUGCGCCGCCGCGGAUGAAGGCAAGGGAUACCGUUUGACGGAAAGGGGGAAAAGAGGCAGGAAGAGGCGGGAGCUUUGGGAGGAACUCUUUGAGGAUAACGUUGAAGAUGACGAAGACGAUAACGCUCGUGGUGGUGGUGGUGGUGAUGGUAAUUUUGACCUGUGGAAGAUCUUAGAGGAAAUUAUAGAUAAUGUUUGGAUUUUAAAGGCGUUAAGAUCGUAUGGAUAUCUCCUCCCGUUCAUCCUCGUGUCGCUUUUAAUCAGCACCGGACCUAAGGCUUUCCUCGUGUCACUAGCCGUGGCCAGCGGGCCAUCAUUGUUAUUUUACGCGUUCCAGAAGUUGAUUGGUUGGGAUAAACGUAGAAAGACAUCGAUGGCAAAUCAAUUUGGGAUAGAGGAGGAAGAAGUGGAGAGGAGAAGGAGCAGGGUUCGAUACAAUCCAUCAAUGGUUAGAAACAAUGUCAAUGACCGCGAAGUGAACCGUAGUUCAGCUGAAAUGGCUUCUAACUUUGGUGGGUGGGACGAGUUAGACGGACGUUGGACAAUUUCCGAGCAGCCAACAAGCGAGCCGAAGAGGACACCGUUAAAGAAGAGGCAGAGAAUAAGAAGAGAAAAGGCAGCAGAACCAUUGUUGUUAAGAUUGUUGGUGUCUUUGUUUCCAUUCUUAAGCACUUACACAAACAUGCUCAAGUGAAAAGAACCGAGAAAACAAACCAAGUUGUUGUUCAGAUCAAACCGAACCGAAAUUGGUUAAAAAUAGAGAAUAAUUAUGAACCGUUUAAAAAAA